UGCUGCACCUCUGUUGGGUUGUACGUCAUCGACCCGAUACUCUCUUUUGGGCCUUCUUCUUUCCUUCAUCUUGGAGGCAAUUCGCCCAACGCUGCUACAUUGUCCGUUGCCAAUCUUUUGACACGAGGCGCCAACAGUCAUCGAUACCGCCUUUCGCCCUCUCGCCAUCAAUCACGUCUCUCAUUUUCUCGAUCCACCAUCCGAUCAAUUUGACCUACUGGCUUCAGCCCAUCGAGACUUGCGCCGAGGUGCGCUGUACCCUGAGAACCGUCUAUUAAAAUCGAAGCUCCGGACGAUAGCCCAGCGAAACAAUGGGCUUCCUCGCUCGCCUCACUUGGGUCUUCCACUUGGUCCUUCUUUUGGUGGCCGCCCAGGACUAUGACUUUGGCGUCGACGUCAUCUCCAUCACUCGUCGACGGGAUACCGACGCACCCAUCGUCGUCGGCCGCCUGCCAUCGGCCUCCAACGGGAGCACACCCCUGAGACUCGAGAUCCGCGACGUCAAGGCAGACAAAUAUCGGUGGGACCUGUACAUUCUGGCGCUGAGUAUGUUUCAGUCCGUCAAUCAGGACGAUCCCCUGUCGUAUUACCAAGUUGCUGGGAUACACGGUGUGCCCUUUGUGACAUGGAAUGGGGUUGGACCAGCAGCGGGAGCGAGCCAGUCAGGUUACUGUCCGCAUAGUUCAGUUCUGUUUCCAACGUGGCACCGCCCAUAUCUAGCCUUGUACGAGCAAGAGCUGCACAAGCUUGCCGGUGCCAUUGCCGACAUGUUCGCCAAUGCCACUGAACGCUUCCUCUACAGGCAAGCUGCCUCGGAUUUUCGUAUACCGUACUGGGACUGGGCAUCGCCCGCCCCUGAAGGCGAGAGCCAUUUUCCCGACGUCUUUUGGAACUCGACCAUGAUCCAAUACGGUCCCAAUGGCGUCCAAGUUAUUCGUAACCCGCUGUACUCUUACUCGUUCCAUCCGCUUGAUGGAGAUGCGCUCAUCUGGCCACCGUUGCGAAGCUGGAACGAAACAAAACGAGCUCCAAAUACAGAAAUCAGUCAAGCCGAGCCACCUUCCAUGAAUGACCAAGUGAGCGCGGCCUUGCUGGCCAGAUUGCCCGAGAUACAGCAGCGAUUGUACAUACUCUUCUCUAGUUAUCACGAGUUUGACUCGUUCAGCAACAAGAACUAUGCCUUUUCGCAGAACCUCAGCCAUCUGGACUCUAUCGAGGCCGUUCACGACAUUAUCCACAUAUAUGGCGGAUCUAGGGGCCAUAUGACCUAUGUUCCUCUGUCGUCCUUUGAUCCGCUCUUCUUCCUUCACCACGCCAUGACGGACAGGCUGAUAUCGAUGUGGCAGCUUCUCAAUCCCUCGGCAUGGAUGACUCCACAGAUCUCAGGAGAGACGACAUACACUGCGCUAAAGGGAACCAUGCAAAACUCCAGCACUCCGCUUACGCCAUUCAUGUCCUCAGCAGACGGCACUUUCUGGGACUCUGACAUGUCCAGGUCAACGGAAGUGUUUGGCUACGCAUACGGAGACACCUCAUAUGUGCCUGGCGACUCUGAGAGCCCACGCAACAAGCUGAUUCGCAAGAUUAACAGAUGGCUUGGCCUGAACAGCCCGGCCAUGAUAGACAUGAGCGAUGUCGUGGACGACCAUUAUACGGAGUGGAUUGCAAAUGUACACGUCAACCACGGAGCUUUGGACGGAUCAUUCAGCAUUUACUUCUUCGCCGGCAAGCCGCCAGCCGACGUCGGCACUUGGGCGUUUGCUCCAAAUCUCAUGGGAUCG